AUGGCACUUCCUUUUAGCCUUGAGGCUAAGUUGGAUGAGUUCGUCGAUGAGUUGGUCAACCAACCACCUUGCCUGCUUGGAGCAUUUGGAAAGUCAAAGACACAUGAAAAGAAGUCUUACGAUGUGAUCAAGCUGGAAGACAUGGAGUCGACGCCGAGCACGACGACAGAUGAGGUUGUGGUUUCGCAUGAAGAAGUUACGCCAAUGUGCAGCAGCUCCGCUACCUCAAUUUCCGAUUCACCUCGCACUCCCUGGCGGGAUCUGCUUCCCAUGAAGGUGCCGAUCCCCACGUGCUGGAAGGAGAUGACUGCUCCGUCGUCGUCGUCACCGAUGCACGUGAAGACAAAGACUGGGUCCAAGAGCCCUGAAGUCAGCACAGACGCAACCCGCGAGCAUUGCGUCAGCUCCAGCCUGCCUGCUCUCGCGGCUUGGGCAGCCUCCGAGGCACGUGCAGGACGAUUCACCUGUUUGAGCACUACACCAGAAGUGAGGCCGGCACCGUUCUCUCCAACCUUCUCUACUCCAUCCUGGCCAGUGCCCCCGCCAUUCGACGCCCCAACAUUGCCACCUGGGCUUGAGAGGCCGGUGCCACCAUUGCCACCUCCGCCCCAGGCAGCUGAAGUAGAGCUGGCACCGCGGCGCCGUGCAGGAAAGGCCGGACAGUUCCUUUGCCGAUUCGUCUUCACUGGAUUUGAU